AUGUGUUAUGAUCUAAGUGAACCAGAUGUUAAUGAAGAACAAUGUUCAGGUCUAUAUUAUUCGGAUGAUACUCUUAAACAACUUGAUGGAUAUGCAUAUGCAGAAAAUUGUCGGGAAGUAAAUAAUACACCAAAACGAUGUAAUGUCGACUGUGGUCUUGGUCAAGAGUGUCAAGUGAUCGAUGGCGAAGAAAUGUGUGUAUGUAGUGAAGAAUCAUGUUUUUCAACUGAUUCUUCAUCAUCAAAAUAUAAUCAACAACCAUUAUGUGCAUCGAAUAAUAUGACAUUCAGUUCUCAGUGUUUAAUGGAAGCUUGGAAAUGUAUGAAACAACAAUCUGGAUUGUAUAAAAAAUAUGAUGGAGAAUGUCAAAAGGAUUGUCGAAAUGUAAAAUGUCCACGUGAAACAGUUUGCUUAUUAGUUAAAAAUACUGGUGAACCUUUCUGUUAUCCAAAAAAACAUUGUAAUCCAACGAACGAUCCUGAACCAGUUUGUGGUACUAAUGGUAUUACUUAUGACAAUAUAUGUUCGAUGCGUCUUAGUCCAGAUGCUGAAGGUCGAACGCCUGAAUUGGCUCAUAAAGGUCCUUGUGAGAGUAAAUGUCGAGCAAAUUUAUGUCAAUCAAAUGAACGUUGUGUAUAUUCUCUUCAAUCUCUCCCGGUUUGCAUUCGUUGUCAAUAUCCUCCACGAUUUUUUGCUCAUAGUGGUGAAUGCAGUCAGAAUAUUCAAACAUGUGGUGAUGAUGGACAUUUAUAUAAAAAUUAUUGUGCUUUAUUACGUGGACAAUGUGAAAAAAAUCGUUAUAUUCAUAUAAUUGAUUAUAAUACAUGUCCAAACAAUAUGAACACGAUGCGUAAGAUAUUUUUUCGAAAUAAAAUCAAUUAUAUAAAUCGAUUUCCAAACUUCAGAAUGAAAUGA